GACGCCGCUCUGGCGCGUACGUUGAAAACAAACCCGGGUAAACGCUGCUGAUGUGACACUGACAGAAGUUUAACAUCAUGCUGAUGUCGCCCGACUCGUAACGUUAGUGUCGUUACUUAUAGAUUUUUUUAUCACCAUUGCCACAAUAAUAAACUGGAUAUGGAUCUUUCUCAUCUUGUAAAGAAAAUAGGUCACUCCCUUAAGGAGAUAAGGGUCCGAGCCAUGAAGAGCAUCCUCUCCAAGCUGGAACACUCCCUGCUGUCGCUGUCCGACCUGGUCCAGGAGAGGAUGCUGUUCGUGGUGCUCCUGGAGUGGUUCAACUUCCCCGAGGUCCCGAUGCAGGACGAGGUCCUUGAACUGCUCUCUACGUUAUCCAAGCAUCCGAGCGCAGCCCAGAUGCUGAGAGACGUUGGGGCGGUGGAGUUCCUUACCGAGCUGUCUCCCAACGUGGACCCCCGGCAGCGAGCUGUCAUCGAUGGCACCUUGGACCAGCUGUUCCAUCUACCGGAUCUACUCCCCAGUUAUACCACCGUACCCCCCCACUCCAGCGGACACGGCGCAGACACCCCCACAGCGCUACCUAAAGACGAUUCGGCCAAAAUCGGUUAUUUCCAGAAGAGUAGGCCAGGCCACACAGACGCCCCGCCUCAGAGGAUAGCAGUGUGUGAGUCUGUGAAAUGCCUGAAGUUUUCUAUGUUCCCGUGGUUGCCCUUGACUACCACGGACAGACACAUACUUUCAUCCAAUGAAAGUUCUCUGAGGAGCAGCGAUCCCACCUUGGUACGGACCACUUGUCAACUCUUGCGCGAUGUCAUCAUGCAGGACUUCCCUGCUGAGAUCUUCCUGCAAAGACCCAGUAUCGUGCAGAACCUUCUGUCCCUCCUAAGGCUGAGUUCGGCUGAAGGUGAGGCCAGCCACCUGGGGGUGCAGGCGCUGGGCUGCCUGCAGCAGCUCUGUGUGGGCCUGAGGACCCGACUGCGCUUUCAUCAGGACCCCGGCUUCUCCUCGGCCAAGCAAGCAGACACCGUCUCCCAGAACUCGUCCCUGUCCCAGUCCCUGGACGUGCGGGGGGCCCAGCCGUCGCGGGCGUCGUCCCCGGCCUCGGAGUGCUCUCUCCGGCCUUCGGUGCUGGGCCGGACCGGCCAGAGAGCCAGAGGGGACGGCCAGGACGGAGACGUGGCCUCCAAUAGUGGUAGCUCCCACCGCGGGGCGGCGGCCGCGGCGGCGGGGGUCCAGGGGUCCCCCGGGGGCGCGGUGCCCCCCCUGGAUCUCCCGGUCCUGGGGGGGGAAGACGUCCUGGAGCUGCAGCUCCAGCAGCUCAGCCUGGCCCAGUUCGCCGUGGCAACCCUGGAGCGGGCCGUACCACUGCUGGAGACCGAGUCGGCCCAUGUGCUCCGGCGUGCCCUGGAGCUGCUGUCUGGUGCGGCCCUCCUGCUCGCCGACAGCGUGUGUGAGCUGGUCUGGGAGGACGGCAGCCUGGUGGGGGCCGAGCUGCGGGAGAAGCUGCAGAGCGUCUUGGAGCUCCUGGGGGACGCGCUCAGCUACCAUCAUCAGGGCUGUCAGGGCGGCGGCGCCCCCGGCACGCUGGUCCACCACACGAUGGCCUACACCGCCAGCGCCAUCCUCACCGUCAGACUGCUGCAGGCCAUCCUGCCCCCCGAGAAGGCCGGCGAGCACCUCCCGGAGCGCACGGCGGCGGCCGUCCUCACGCUGGCCCUGGACCCCGCCCUCGGCGGCGCCUUCCCGGGCGUGCAGGAGGCAGCGGUAGCCUACCUGGAGCAGGUGGACCCGGACGGCCGCGCCCUCCAGCGGCGGGUGGCCCGCGCGGCGCUCUGGAUGGAGUCCACCUGCGGCUUCCUGAAGGAGUCCCAGGCCCAGGGCGAUAAGAACUGGCUGGAGUUAUUGGAGCUGGCGGAGCACGCCAUCGACGGCCUGCCCUACCACCAGCACCUGUCCGUCAUCAAGGAGUGUGUCCAGGCCUGCGCCUACCUGUGGGGCGUGGACCAGCCCAGCCCGCUGCUGCGGUCAGAGAGCCAGAGGCUGCUGCUCAAGCUGCUGUCUCAUCCCUUACCUGCUGUCAAGACGGAGGCCUACACCUGCGUGCUUCACCUGGUCAAGGAGUGCCUCGGGAUCCAGAACGCGUCGCGGCCGCAGUGCAACGGGGUCCACUUCCUGCUCCACCACAAAGUCCUGUACGAGAUCAGCGCCUUCGGCCUGCAGGACUCUGCAGAGAAGGUGAACUCCGCCGCCACCGACGUGCUGCUCUUCCUCCUCAAAGGGCGACGGAUGAUGACGGCGUCCACCUGGGACGACUUCAACGCCGCCCUCCGUCCGGUCGUACCCAUCCUGCAGGGGUACGCCAGCACUGGGGACCCUCUGGGUCAGUGCGUCCUGCUGCUCAGCGGGGGGUCCGAUGCUGCGGGCGCCGCCCCCCUGCCCGACCCCGCCCGUCUCCGCGCCGCACUCCGCCUCCUCUUCACCAAGCAGCCCACGGUGCGAUUGGCGGCGGUGGAACACAUCUUGCCUCAUCUCUCUGGCCCUGGGGCCUCGGAGGCAGCCAGGCCAGAGCUGGACCAGCUGACUCUCGCCUCGCUCCCCGGACUCUACUGCACCCAGACCCUGGUGGACGUCACACUGGACACCUGCAGCAAGUCCUUCCUCAAGGUGGAGUCGGUGGAGAAGCUGUUUGGUAUCCUGACGUCGGACGGCGUGGACCUGUCUCUGAAGAGGUCGGCCACUGAGCAGCUGGCCGUGGUUCUACAAGACACAGCCAUGCACCCCGUGCUGAAGACUCUUGGCAUCGCGGACACAGUCGUUUCUUUCAUUAUGGAGAGUGUAAACGGCAAUAAGAGCAUGGACGGCCUGCUGGAGCCCGGCCUCUGUGUGCUGAGGAAGCUGGUAUACGCCGACCCCGCGCUCCGCCACAGCCUCUCCCAGCGCCCCCCCCUGCUCCACGUCCUGCUCAGGGCCUCCUUAAUAGUGAAGGACAACGGAGGCAGCGGAUAUGAGGCAGCUGUUCUCAUGUGCUUGCUGCUUUUUGAUGAGAUCGCCACCGUUGACUUCUGGUCUGGGAAAUCGAAGUUGGACGGAACUUUGGCAACUUUCUCUCUGCCGCUAUCAGUCACCCGGAGGUUCAGAAUCCCCUUCCAGGCGGCGACCCACCACGCAGUCAGCCCCCACUGCUGCGUGGUGACCCCCGCGGCCGACCUCCUGACCUUCGGCCCGGCCCGCCACGCCCUCCAGCUGGCCUGGAACACGGCGUGGUACAGCGGGAUGGACGGCCUUCUGGACGAGCUCCGGGGGUUUCGCAGCGAUGUCAGCGAGUGCCACCCCUCGCUGGUGCUCUCCGAGGCCCAGGUCCUCAACGCGCGGACCUCCCACCUCCCCACCGGCCUCCUGGACUGCGUGCAGGACAUCGUCAUGGCGGCGGGACACGGUUCCGUGAGGUCCGCCCUCGGCAGGCUCCGCCUCUACCUGUUGAUUGACAUGCUGGCCUUCGCGCACGGCCAAUCGCACGGCUGCAGGAAGACUCUGGGCUCGCUCAGCUGGCAGACUGCCAUAGCCAGGUUCCUCCGGGUGCAUCCUUCCUGUGUCGAGGACGAGUGUUUACUAGUGGACAUCGUGGCGUUCCUGAACGUUUACUUCGAACACGACCCUCGGACUAAAGAUGCGAAUGAGACGGAAGACGCGGAUCUGCGAUGGAUACUGGAGCUCCUCCUCGAUAAAGACACCGUGUCCCUCUGCGGCUUCCUGCUGGUGGGGGAGGGCCCGGCCCCGGGCGUCCCGGGUCAGGGCCCCGGGGGGGCGGCUGAGGACCAGGGGGGGGCGGAGGAGCUGCGGGGCCAGGUCACUCGGAGGCUGCAGAGAGAGGUCAGCCGCUUCCUCAGCAGCCUGCUCCACCGCCUCGCCAGCACCCCCGACAGUUCUGUUGUAUAUACCAUAUGCUUGGCGCUUGCAGGGCCUUUCAAGCAGCUGGCUCUCUGCUUGCUCCAGAGCCUGCGGGUGUCUGAUGCGCCGCGGUUCUACGGUCUCCCCAGCCUGGAGAGGACUCUGCUGGGCAUGGUCUCCCUGACCGCCCUGCCUGGGUGGAGCUCCCAGUGCCCGGACCUGGAGCCCAUCUCCCUCUGCUCCAAGUACCUCGUGGGGCUGCUGGAGGUGAUCUCCUCGUUCUACGUGGAGUGGGGGGGGAACUCCAUGUCCUUCAUGGGUAAAGGAGUGACCAAGAACGCCGUCAUCUGCCUCCUGCACCUCUCCCACGAGAUGAUGGCCGAGAGCCGGGGCGACGACUUCAUUACCCAGUGGUCCUUGGGGCAGGAGGCGGGGCCUGAGGAGACCAACGGCGCCCAGCUGGGACUGGCCUGGCUCAUCCCCCUCUGGGUGGACCGCGACCCAGAGGUGAGGUUUGCCAGCCUGGGGGUGGGCCGGGCCCUGUCCAGGCGUCCCGGGGGGUGCCAGGCCCUGUGCGCCAGCUGCCAGAACAUCAGCGGUGGGCUGUGGGGGACCCUGCUCAACAUCCUCCUGGACCAGCAGGAGAGCAGCCUGGUCCGCAGGGAGGCGGCGUUGAUUCUGCGGAACCUGCUGGCGAUGCCGAUGCCUGCCAACACGGAGGAGGCCAAAGACUCUCUCUGGAAGAACCCGUGUGUCCAUGACGAGGUCGGGGUGUCCCUGGUGGGCCUCCCGGCCCUGCAGGCCCUCUACCACUGUCAGUUCUUCCAGCACGCCGCCCUCUGCGCGGCCGCCUGCUACCGGGGGCGCCACGCCUUCCACUGCAGCCCCCCGCCACCGACGGCCCCCCGGGGCCCGGCACGCCCGGGAGCACCGCGGGGCUUGUUUGUCUGCUCAGAUUCAGACGACUCUCUGAGCUUCUGGAGGAGCAGUCUACUGGCAGCUGUCAACCCCAGCAGAGCCUCCAGCUCCCUCUCUACCUCCAGCACCGUGGUUCGGGGCUCUGGGACACACUCCCCCGCCCCGCCCGGCCCCCUGGUGGCUGCAGCGGACUCAGCCGCCAGCCGACUGGUGGCCCAGGGCCAGAGCGACACGGACGCCAGCAGCUCGCUGCUCUCCCAGGACUCCCGGCCACCGGGCGAGGUGUCGCCGGCCGCCGAGCCCGUCGCCAUGGUGACCCCGGACCUGGUGGCGGCCCACUGCGCCCUUCUGACCCGCCUGCUGGCCGCGCUGCCCGACUUCACGCUCGCCGCGCUCCGACGCCAACAGCUGCUGAAGGCGCUGGCGGGCGGGGGAGACGUACGAGUCCUGCACACCGGGCGGGGCGGGGGGGUUGUGGGGGCCUGGGGGGGGGCGAGGCCGUUAGUCGGAUGUGCUUUGACGAUUAUUAGGUUUCCCGCCCCGGCCGCGGCACGGUGUGAGCCUUGUGUUCACUCUAACGUCUUUCUGACAGCGCCUCGUUUUAUGUGGUUUUCACUCGCCUCAGCCGGUCCCACGGCCAUCCCUUCCCUUCGCGGCCGUGCUAAUGUCCUGAAUGUCCUCCGUUCCCCCGAACCCUCAGCCUGGCGUCUGCUGUGGUGGGGAGCGGUUGAAAUGAAUGCAUCUCUUUUGUAUGUUUCCUCUGGGUCCAGACUCACAGAGAGCCGCUCAUUGACUCAUGUGUUGCGUCCUCCUGCUCCCGCCCCCUCAGCCUGCAGCUCUCUGUGCAGCGGCGGCUCCGGGGGGGCCCCAGCUGGCCGGGGGCCCCCCAGCGGCUCCCUCAUGCACUGCGUCAUGAAGCUGGCCUCGGGCGUCGCCGCGGACAACAGCCCCGUCCAGAAGCUCGCCUUCUCCCUAUUGGCCAAUCUGGCCAUGUCCCGGGACUGUCGGGGCGUCCUGCAGAAGAGUAACUUCCUGCAGUCCUUCCUGUCGGUGCCCGUCCCCAGGCAGGGCGGCGGGAAAGCUGCUGCCGUCGGCGGCAACAACAACAACAACAGCGGAGCAGGAGGAGGGGGAGGAGGGGGAGGUGGGGGAGGAGGAGGGCUGCUGGCCAUGUGGCUGCGGCUGCUGGUGUGCCUCUCCUUCGGGGAGGACGGCCAGCAGAGCGUCCUCAAGGUGCCCGGGGCCCUGGAGGUGCUGGCCGGCCUGGCCGCCCACCGGCGCCACGCCCUGCUCACCCUCCACAACCUCUGCUCCUGCCCCGGGAACCGACCCCACCUGCUGUCCAACGACAAGGCCAUGAAGGUGCUGCUGUCCAGUCUGGACAGCAAGGAGACUGUGGUCCGGUCCAUGGGGGCUUCAGCUCUCUGGGCCCUGCUGCAUAACAGUCAGAAGGCCAAGACGAGCUUGAAGAGUGCUUCUGUCAUGCUGAAGCUGGAGAAGGCGCGCGCUGUGGCCAAGAAAGAUGCAGUGAAAGGGCCAGACUCCAUGAAUGCCUAUCUGUUGAAAUGUCUCGAAAAACCUUUGCAGGCUGUUGAAGAGCUGAGACACAAUCACACACUUUCCCUCUCAGCACUUCAGUCAGUCCUAUAUUGCUUUAAAACAUGACUCUAUAGUAGACAUAUUGUUUUGUACAGUGCAUGUCAAGAUCCGUACUUGGCUUUAACCAAGCUGUAUUAGGGCUAUAGUGGAGCAGGUUGUUUUGUAUGUAUUCAGAAUCUCCCUUCUUAAAGAGAUAAGAGGAAGAAGUGAGAUUUGCUGAAGCUAUGGAGCGACCCCUCCUGUUUGCUGGUUUGAAUAGAGAUGAGCAUCUUCACUUAACAUGUCUUCCUCCAUUGUACAAUAAAGACUUGAAUAUUUAUAUUUUCUUAUUAAAAGACCAA